AAAAAAUCAGUAGAGAAAAUCCAAAAAACUAGGAUUUGGAGAUAUUUAUUACGUUAAAGGAAGAGCAAACAAAAAUCCAAGAAGAAACGGAGAGAGCUUCAGCUUCAAAGUGCCUCCACAUGUUCUGUAUGAAAUCCCAAAUCUUUCGAUAGCGAAAAGCAUUCACGAAUUUACAAUGUCUUGGCUAUUCAAAUCGUUUCAAUCCGACGGUCCAGACUCCUCGGAGUCCCACCAGACGUCCUCGCCGGAGCGCAGCCCCUCCACGACUCCGCGUGGCGUCAAAGACGACCUCUCCUUCCUCGGCCAAACCCUCGGCCGCCAAUUGCGCGGCGUCGCCGAUUUCCUGGCCCCACCGCCUCCUCCCGCCACCGCCGCUGCCGUUGAUUCCUUCGAUCCCUCAUCAUCAUCAUCAUCAUCGUUGUCAUCGCAAUCGGAACCGCAACCGCAAACGGAACCGCUCCUCGGGAUCCGCAACGAUCUCGCGGAAAUCGGCGGGAGCUUUCGGACCGGACUGUCCCUUCUGUCCGGUAAUAAAGCGGUGAGUGAGAUCUCGAGGCUCGCUUCCAAUCUGUUGCAGUUCGAGAGCGACGGAGUUAGGGACGAAGAAGCUUCUGGAGAGGACAACGACGAUGAUCGUAUUGAUGAGGGCGUGCCUGGGGUCACCGAUGAGGUUCUUGAUUUUGCCUCGGAUAUUUCGACGCGCCACGAGCUCUGGACCGAUUUUCCUUUACCACUCGAUAAUGAUUUCAACAUGUCUGAUGCUCAGAAAGAACAUGCUUCAACUGUUGAACGUUUGGCCCCAAGUUUGGCAGCUCUUAGAGUUAAACUUGAGAGUUAUAUGAGUGAAGAACAAUUUUGGAUAGUUUAUUUUAUCCUGUUGCUGCCAAGAUUAAGUGAACAUGAUGUUGAGCUUCUAUCAACGUCUAAGAUUGUCGAGGCAAGAAAUGCUCUUUUGCAGAAGCUGCAAAAGAAUGAGGAGGUGGAGAAUGAGGACACUAAGACUCUUGAUACAUCUCAAGAUGGCAGCAAGGCUGGCAAGCCAGAAGGGAAGAAUAUACCAUCUGAGAAAAAAGAGGUUUCAACUGACAACAUAAGUGCAGGAGGAGUAGAAAUGGAUGAUGAAGAGAGUACGGAAAAAUGGUUGGAGGAAAAAGAUAUUGAUAGAGGCACCCAGAAAAAGAUUGAACAUGAGGAGGACAUUUCAUUCAGUGAUCUGGAGGAUGAUGAUAAUGCUCUCUCUAAUAGACCAUCGGUGCCGGAAACUAAGGUUUCUUCACCCAGUGGAAGCAGUGAUUGGGUUCAAUUGAAUCAAAGUUCUGAGACUCAGUGUGGCAGUGGCCAGCAUAAGGCAGGGCAGUCAAAUUCUGGAGAUAAAGAUUCAGAAGGUGAGGAAUCAAAUGACUGGCUUACUGUUGAUGAUUUUGAUUAGAGGUUGGCAGUUUGCUUUAUUCGUGAUUUGUUGUAAAGUUUCUACGAUUUUCUUUUUUCUCUUGGGGGUUCUGUACGUAAGAUUAUCAAUCAAUAACAUAAAUUUCCUUGAUUUAAAUUAAUAAUUCAGUCUUCACUAUAGAGGUUCUCUUUC